CCUCGUCUUUUAUUCCUUCACGAAAACAUCAGCCGAGGUCCGCGAGUGGUUGAAGGUUUAGGUUUUCAAUUGUCUUAUAUAGCCUUUAAAAGGGUGAAUUUAGUGACAAAUCACCCUAAUUAGUGAAACCGAAAGUGAUGGCCGAGCUGCUAAUUGAUCCCAACAUUCGGGGCUGGGUGUUUCUGCCCAUAGUGGUCAUCACCUUUCUGGUCGGAAUCAUUCGUCACUAUUUCUCGAUAUUGAUUUCCUCCCAGAAGAAGGUCGAACUUACGCAGAUUCAGGACAGUCAAGCCAUGAUCCGUGCCCGACUGCUGAGGGAGAACGGCAAAUACCUAACCCCGCAGUCAUUCGCUAUGCGAAGACAUUACUUCAACAACGAGGAAACGGGUUAUUUCAAAACGCAGAAGCGAGCACCACCCAGCCCCAAUUCAACCGCCAUGCUGUCCGAUCUCGUUAAGGGUAACUUUAUCAACGUCCUGCCGAUGAUCGUGAUUGGCGGCUGGAUCAAUUGGAUGUUUUCGGGAUUCGUCACCACCAAAGUGCCAUUUCCGCUGACGCUCCGCUUCAAACCGAUGCUGCAGCGUGGAAUCGAGCUUGCCUCGCUGGAUGCGGCGUGGGUCUCGUCAGCUUCCUGGUACUUUUUGAACGUGUUCGGGCUGAGAAGUAUUUACACUCUCGUUCUGGGCGAAAAUAAUGCGGCUGAUCAGACGCAAACGAUGCAGGACCAGAUGUCGGGUGCUGCCGUCGCGAUGCCUCAGGAUCCGAAGGCGGCCUUCAAAGCCGAAUGGGAGGCACUGGAAAUCACCGAAUAUCAGAAUGCUCUGGCAAACAUCGAGACAGAGCUGCUGGCGUCGAUUUAUAUGCAGGAUCGGCCGGUGCACAACCGAGAAGAUGGAGCGCUGCGGAAUUAACCUAUAAGCAUUUCUAGACGGUUUAGUUUAGCGUUAAUUUGUUGUUUCAAAGCUAGAAAAAGUAAUCUUGUGGCACAUCUACCGUCUUGUAUGAAAGUUUAGCGUUAAUGAAUAUCCUAGCUGGAAGAAGUAUAGCCUGUUCUAUUUAUGUUAUUAUUCAACAAGCAUUUCACGCAAUGAUUUUGUUUUAGAUCCACGUGGACGGGAACAUUAGCUUAGGUAGUCUCUAGUUAUUAACUAAGAUUGUACUAUAGCUCAAUGAAACCGAAUAAAAGCCUCUUGAACGAAGAAAAAA